AACAAAUACAAAAUAAUGUUUUACCUGAAACAGCAAAGUUUCUAGAUCUGGACAAAGAAGUACCCUGGCCGAUGGCGCAGAGUAUGCUUUUUCAACCUGGUUUUGCACAUAUCCAAGAACUUGAUUUAACUAAUGUAUUGCUAAAAGCCAAAAAUGAAAAGGAAGUUACGGGUGAAAUAUUAUUACAAUGUAAAUAUUUAAAUUAUUCUGAAGAAGAAAUCAAUGAAACAAUGAAAUUUCUUAAGAGUAUGCGAAUUUUCAUAAUCAUAGCGUUUAUAGUUGAGACAAAUCAAAUUGAAGAUAUAGAAGUGCUUGAAACAUUAAAUUUCACAUCCAAACCUAAGUUACAUACGGUAGAAAUUUAA